GCGUCAUCACGCCGUCGCUGCCGCCAAGAAACGAAACCUGGCGUUGUUUUGGGUCAAGAUGUCGGGCGUGCUCGUAGCUGGCUGAAAGGGGAGCGCGAAGGAAGCAAGGCCGCUUCGGUCCUCAGGGAGGCGAGCGAUUGGCUGCCCUGCGAUGACGUCGGAGCAGUUGUCAAUUAAGAUGUCUCUCAACCCUGAAACUUGUGAACGAAAGGAGGACAGGGAUGUCCCGAAGGACUGCAGUGCCAAGCGGCAACGGACUGACCCAAAGGUCCCCCCUACCUUGCCUGCCGGCCCCUCCCGCUAUGAUGGCCCUUUUCCUUUUUAUCGCCGUCCAUCCGAAAUGGGACGUUUUUCCCUUGAUGGUCAGCGCUGCUACCAUGGGGAUGCCCGCAAACUUCGCUACUAUGCCCCGCCUCCUAUCGAGGGACCCUCCCCGGGAUUUGACUUGCGGGAUGGCUACCACGACCGCUAUGUGCGGCGGGAUGAAAGCAUCCGUGAGGGAUUGGAGCAUCUGCUGAGAUGGGUCUCUCAGAAUCGGAAAUUGUUACAGUCAGAGGACAAAGGGCGGCCCCUGAAUGCAGACUUCAUCACGUGGCGGGGACACCUCACUAAAGUGUUAACCACGCCAUAUGAGACUCAGGAGGGCUGGCUGCUGGCUGUCAGCCUCUUCCGUGGAACCCUCUACAUCAGUGAGGUGGAGACAGAGGCCGCCCGGAAACAGCGGGAAGAACGCUCGGAGCUGCUGAAGGAGCUCACCUACAUGGGAUACAAGUUUGAGCAGUACAUGUGUGCAGAUACUCCAGAUGGGACCCCAGAUCCAACUGGAGUGGUGAACACAAACGAGGGUUUCUGCACAGUCAUCCGGACCCGCUUGGGAACACACUCACUUCUCUUUUCUGGUGAGGUGGAUUGCACAGACCCCCGGAGCCCCUGGCCGGACCCACCCAGCUGCUACGUGGAGCUGAAGACGAGCAAAGUCAUGCACAGUCCUGCCCAGAGGAGGAGCUUUUAUAGACACAAGAUGAUCAAAUGGUGGGCUCAGUCCUUUCUGCCUGGAGUGUCACGGAUUGUGGCUGGAUACCGGGGCCCAGAUGGUACCAUUGUGGGGCUGGAGACCUUUGAGACCAUGAAGAUAUUUCAACUCAUUCGGGAAGACCCAGGUUGCUGGAAGCCAGCUGUGUGCAUGAAUUUCUGUGCAGCAUUUCUGGCUUUUGUGAAGAAAGUGGUGACAGAAGACAAUUCAAAGUUGGUCCACCUCUUUGCCUGGGAACCUGGGCAACCCGUUUCCUUCACGGUGCAUCGUGACUCCAGCUACACCUUCCUGCCCGACUGGUAUGUGGAUGCCCUGAGCACGGAGAAACCCCCGACGCCACGGAUCCCAGACUGAUGAGCUUGACCGGGGUUUCAAGGGUGGGGCUGGAGGGGGGGAUGGAGGGAACAAGCUGCUUUUCUACUUAAAUAUUGGCACAUUGGGAGAGGCAGUGGCUAGAAGCCAAUAGGGGUAGGAGAGAUCUAUUGGCCCCUUGGCCACCAGGAAGACAGAAUGAAGUAAUAAAUUAAACUGUAAAUA